GCGUUAAUGGUGUUUGGUUUAUUCCCUCUGAGAACUCACUUUGAAUUGGGUAAUUAAUUGCGAUCUGUUGUAAACAGUUUCUGUGUCCUACUCAAGCUUUAGGAUGUUAAGAACAAAAUUGAUUUUCGUUUUCAGCCUCAUGGCCUUUGCUUUGUCUCUGUGUCCUGAUGCCUGUUUGGCUAGAGCCAAAUACAAGCCUUGCCCCCCUUUUUCUUCUUGCGGCAACCUUAGUAUUGUAUACCCUUUCCGAUUGAAUACCGAUCCUGUUGAGUGUGGUUUACUAGGGUAUGAACUAGCAUGCGAGCAUAAUCGCACAACUUUGGUCACAAAACUGGGCAAAUUCUUUGUUGAGAAUAUCAUAGGACAUAAAUACACCGAUUAUCGUUUUGACUCAGACGGGGUAUUAUCAUUUGUUGAGAACGGGACAGAGUAUGCACUCCGAUUGGUCGAUGCUAGUCUUCGAAGGGAUAUGUGCUCCAUUCCUCGCAGUUCCCUUGUUGAGGCCCGUUGUGGAGAAAUACGUCUUUAUAAUUAUUCUAGCAAUAUGUUCAGCUUUGAGUACGACAUUUUGUAUAUCCUAAAUUGCAAUAUACCAAUGAACUCAUCACUUUAUGUUGAUGCCUCAGCUUGCACCAAUAGAUCUUCUUCUCCAUAUACCUGCUUUUUUCUCCAGCCAAAGUCAUCUGAUUUCAAUGAGUCGUGCACAAUUGAAGCCCAGUUUCCGUUUUUGCUGUCUGAUAUCACAGGCCUCUCUGCUUCUGAUAUCUAUCAUAAGCUGCUCGAGGGCUAUGAAAUCGAUUGGGAUUCGUUCACCAAUAACCGCUGCUGGGUGAACAAAAUUACAUUGAAGGUGAUAUUACAAUCAGUGGAGUAUGCAUUGGAAGCGUUUCUGGACAGCUUUAUAUUUUUCCUUCUGGGCGGCCCCCAUGUAAAGGAUAAUUCGAGCUUUCCACCACAUAGUACAUACAUCAAAUGUCUUCAAACAACAGGAGCACUUAUAUUAGCUAGAGCUCUGCUUGGGAUUUCCAUCUUGCUUGCAAUCAUUGUGUACAAAUUGAGGAGGAGACAUUUGUUUGUGGAUGAUACAAUUGAAGAGUUCCUUCAAAAGCAGAAUAACUUCAUGCCUAUCAGGUACACAUAUUCAGAAGUAAAGAAGAUCACUGAAAGUUUCAAGAAUAAAUUAGGUCAAGGAGAUUAUGGUUCGGUUUUCAAAAGGAAACUUCGAAGUGGCCAUUUUGUAGCAAUAAAAUUACUAAGCACAUCAAAAGGUAAUGGCCAAGAUUUCAUCAAUGAAGUUGCUACCAUGGGAAGGAUUCAUCAUGCUAAUGUCAUGCAACUGAUUGGAUUUUGUGUUGAAGGAUCUAAGCAAGCCUUAGUAUAUGACUUCAUGCCCAAUGGGUCUUUGGACAAAGUCAUAUUUUCAACCCAAAGCAAUACGUCUUUAAGUUGGCAAAAAAUGUUCGAGAUUGCUCUUGGGGUGGGUAGGGGGAUUGAAUACUUGCAUAGGGGAUGUGAAAUGCAAAUUUUACAUUUUGACAUCAAGCCUCACAAUAUCCUUUUGGAUGACAAUUUUAAUCCAAAAGUUUCUGACUUUGGCCUUGCAAAAUUUUAUCCUAUAGAUGAUAGUUUUGUAUCUCUCACAGCAGCAAGAGGAACACCAGGAUAUAUUGCUUCAGAGUUAUUCUACAAGAAUAUUGGAGGUGUCUCAUACAAGGCUGAUGUGUAUAGUUUUGGAAUGUUGUUGAUGGAAAUGGUAGGAAAAAGAAGGAACUUUAAAGAAUUUGUUGACCAAUCAAGUGAGGUAUACUUCCCAACAUGGAUUUAUGACCAAUUUGAUCGAGGCAAGGAUAUAGAUUUGGGAGAUGUUACAAAUGUUGAAAAGAAUAUUGUGAAGAAGAUGGUCAUAGUUGCUUUAUGGUGCAUAUAGAUGAAACCUGUCAUUCGCCCUUCAAUGACCAAGGUCUUGGAGAUGCUUGAGAGUGAAAUUGAGCUCCCGACAAUGCCUCCUAGGCCUUGUUUAUUUCCCUCUGAAUUGCCAACUGCAGAUCAUGCUAGUAUAAGUCUAGCGGCCAUGCCAACAAUAUCUCUUGACGCAAGAACUUAAUGGUCUCAACCAAAUGUAUUAUUAGGUAAAUUUUACUCUUAGCAAGUGUUGCUUAUAUGCCAAUAUCCAACAUUGUAGACUUA